AUGGCUCCCCCUAAACCUGGUGGAAAACCCAAAAAAGUGGUUGGGGUAGUGAAGUUGGCUCUGGACGCGGGGAAGGCUACCCCUGCGCCACCGGUGGGGCCCGCAUUGGGUGCCAAGGGUGUGAAUAUAGCGGCAUUCUGCAAGGACUACAAUGCACGCACUGCCGAUAAGGCUGGCUACAUCAUUCCCGUUGAAGUUACGGUUUACGAUGAUAAAAGCUUUACUUUUAUCUUGAAGACUCCACCUGCUUCUGUUUUGCUGAUGAAAGCUGCUGGUGUGGAGAAAGGUUCAAAAGACCCUAAGCAGGAGAAAGUAGGGAAGGUGACGAUCGACCAGCUCCGAACAAUUGCACAGGAAAAACUGCCCGACUUGAAUUGUUCGAGUUUGGAGUCAGCUAUGAGAAUUAUAGCAGGCACUGCAGCUAAUAUGGGUAUUGAUAUCGACCCUCCUGUACUUGAGCCUAAAAAGAAGGAAGUAGUAUAG